CGAUAUGCCGGGACUGGGAUCGCUGGUGAAGACGGUAGUUGGAAGGUUUGAGAGAUGCAUGAGCACCAGAACAGCUGUGAUGAGCUUCGGCGACGGCAACCACGGCGCUCUCGGGUUACCCACUUCCUUAAUGGGCCUGGGUGUCGACGCCUACGAGCCCACCCGGGUUCCUUCUCUCCCUUCCGACAUCACCGCCGUCACCGCCGGCCAUUAUCACUCCCUGGCGGUCACCUCUCAAGGUCAGCUUUGGGCCUGGGGAAGAGACCUCGAGGCCCAGCUCGGCCGUGGCGGUCCUUCUCCCAGAGAUUCGUGGAAUGAACCGAGGAGGGUAACGGGAUUGGAUCGAGUAAAUGUGUGUUCUGCAUUUGCGUCUGGUGUCAUUUCUGUGGCUAUUGGAGAUGAUGGUUCUCUGUGGGUUUGGGGGAAGUCGAAGCGUGGCCAGCUUGGUCUGGGAGAGCAAGUCAUGGAGGCUGUGGUGCCUUCCCGAGUUGAAGCGCUUGCCGGUGAGAAAAUUACUAAGGUUGCACUUGGUUGGGGGCAUGCUCUUGCAUUGACUGAGGAUGGAAAGUUGUUUGGUUGGGGUUAUUUUGCUGACGGUAGGUUAGGAAGCAUUAAAGAAUAUUCAGAGACAUCUCAACUGGAAUCUACUUCGAGUAAUCAAGAACUGUCGAGUUCAUCUUUCGAAACUGCUGAGAAGCUGGUUUUAGAAGGAAUGGCCAAGGAGAAUAACAUGCCAAUAGUUUGGGAACCCAGUUUAGUGAGGGAACUACAUUCUAUUAAAGUUGUAGACAUUGCAUGUGGUCUUGAUCAUUCAUUAAUUCUUUGUGGUGAUGGGACACUACUGAGUUGUGGGAGCAACGUAUAUGGUCAGUUGGGAAGAGAAAAACAGAAUGUAGGAUUACUUCCUGUUGAUAUAAGCUUCCGUCCAAUGUCUAUAGCAGCCGGGCUUGGCCAUUCUUUGGCAAUUUGCCAGGUUCCAUCAUCAGAUGUUAUGGGAGGAGCCACAGGUAUUAUUACAUGGGGUUGGAAUCAGACCUCUCAGCUCGGUAGGGGUGGGCCAGAAAAUAUUCCAUUCGGAGUUGAAGGAUUGGAAGGGGAAACUCCCGUAUCAGUAUCAGGAGGUCGUGUGCAUUCCAUUGCUCUCACAUCUAAGAGAGAAGUUUGGGUUUGGGGUUCUGGUAAGAAUGGAAGGCUUGGGUUAGGAAGCUCCUGUGAUGAACCUGAACCAAUUGUGCUGGACUCUGUUGAGGGUUGUGAAGUUUUACAAGCUGUAUCAGGAUUUGAUCAUAACAUGGUCCUAAUUGCCGAAUGAUAAGAAUGACUGAGUGAUUAAAAUAAUCAUUUUUUUGCUUCGCCUUCCUGUUCUCUUUGAUGGCUUUUAUGCUUCUAUAUUGGUCCAAGUUAGUCUGAAAGUUGGUAUCAUUCCUCCAUCAGAAUUUGAAUACUCCAGCCAACAGAACGAAACAUAUUGGUGCUGCUUUGUUACACAUUUCAAAUGAUUUGUAAGGAUAUAAAGAGGGAAUGGUUUCCACUGCAGGGACAGUGUAGAGAUCGACAUUGAAUCUUUUUCUUUAUCAUGGUGGAAUGUGAGUGUAUAUAAACUGUCUGAUCUCGUGGUUUUUCAGUUUGAGUUGAGAUGGUAUUUUGUGUUUCUGUGAUUGCAUAUGGAAUCAAAGUGACAAUUCAGUAGAAUGUUGAAGAACUUUCACUAGGUACAAGAGAAAUGUACAUGCAAGAAGA